AUGGCGGCAGGAGCAGCAGGAGCAACGUCGCCGAAUUCAUGCCCCGCCGAAGGUGACCCAGAAAGAACAAAAAGUGAGCAGAAGGGAAAGGAACUGAGAGACAGAUGGAAGGAAGAAUUAGGAAAAUUAAGGAAACAAUGGCAACUGUCGCAUACGUCCACGCAAGGUGGUACUGUACCAUCUGUCCCAGAAGGGUUCAUUCCGGAUGGUCUGAAGAUCAAAGUAAAGACAAUGCUGGAUACACUGAAGCCCUACUUGGAUGGGACGAACAGCGGCGGAACUGUCGCAAGGGCAUGUGAAAACAUGAAUGAUCCAAGGGGGAACCGCGUGCAGAAAACAAGGGAAAUGAAAAAUGUAUGCAAAACAUUAGUGCAAGUAGUUAAUUGGAUGGGGAAUUUGGAGAAGGAGGGGAAGAAGAAGACGAAUGGUAGCACGCCGGAGGAGGACUGGCAGAAAUACUUAAGGUGUGUAAUAGGAUAUGAAUUUCUGUUAAGAGUACUUUUACCAAAGUAUAAAGUGGAAGACUUUAUGAAAGUUAUCUCUGAUACAAUGGAAAAAGGGGGAAGUGAUGGUAAAGUGUCCAGUGGGAAUGCCAUAUGUCCUUGGGUCAAAAUUGAAGAUAUUGGAGAUAAGGAAGGCUCCAUUGGGUCUCAGGUACAGGAGUGGUUAAAUGAAGCAAAGGAACAGACAAGUAGUGGUUAUAUUACGGGAUUCAAUACUAUAGUAGCAUGGUCUAGGCCAGAUAAGGGGCAGGAGGAACAGGAAAUGGCUAGGCGGAAAUCCAAACCUCCUUGCCAAAGUGAUAGUAUUAUGGAUUUAAUGAAAGCUGGACUGUCACAUCAAUUAAACGUAUUAGUCGAUCCAUUAGCAAAGGCUAAUGAUUGUAUCGAGAAAGCGCAGACUGACAACAGCGGUAGUGCUCUAUGCAAUCGCUUAAAAUGUAUUGAAGACUACUUGAAAUCACAGAAUAAGACAACACCACCAACAACACCACCACCACCAUCACCAGGAUCACAACCACAAGCAGGACAACCCUCACCAACGGACGAAUUCUGGGGGGAGACUGGCGAUGUAUACAAAUUAUGGAAUGAAUUAACAAAGAAAAUGAAGGGGAAUGGCACAAAUGGGCCAGCGGAAUGUAAUAAUCUGACAACUAAUUCUGAAAAGAUGGCAUGCAAGUAUUUGCAUGCUGGCUUAAAACAACUCUACGAUCCGACGCCGCCGCCGCUGCCGUCGUCGCCAGACGACGGCAUCUUAUCUACGAAACACCCAUCGUUUAGACAAACGAUGGGUUGUUUUUUACUUCACGCCUAUGCAAAACAUAUGCAAAAGGAGUCAGUUUGUAAUAUUGAAAAGGGGAUAGAGAAGGCAUUUAGCACUGCUGGCAAUGGCAAGACUGGCACUGCUUGCAGUGGCAGUGGUAACACUUGCAUUCCAUGCAAAUGGGAACUGAACAAAUAUGACAGUUGCACAAUUGACACAAAUGGCCAAGGCCAAACAGAGCAUGCAGGGGCGAAAGUGGAAAAGUUAGUCAAGGAAGACGACCCCGAAAUAAAAAAAAUGGCAAUAGAACUAAAUAAAAAAGAGGGUCUAUGUAGACGCUUCCAAUGUAUAUCCGAAAAAUGGCUGAAGAAGGGUAGAAGCAACAGCGAACCCCUGACAUCAACCGACUGGGAUAGGGUACGGAGUAGAGGCACAAGUCAGGUCGAGGACCUGAGCAGGGCGCUCGGGGACGCCACUUCUAGAGAGAACAGAAAAAAGUAUGAGCAGUACUGUCAGGGCAUUCCUACAGGGCCAGGUGGCAGGGAUGCUGAUAAGGAUGCUUGCAUUCUUAUAGCCGCAGGAUUAAAAAGUCUCUACGACAUCAAGGAAGACACUGCCAAGGGCAUCGAUGCCGUUACGGCAUCGUUCCGAAGAACGAUGCAAUGUGUUUUAUUAAAUGCUUUUGCUGAUAAGUUAGAAAAACUUCCAUGUAAAGAGGAAAGGAGUGUAACGGAGGGGAUUAAUGCUGCUUUUGGGAAGAGUGGUACUAUUAAGGAUGCAAGUAGCGAUUGCAAGGGUGAUAAAUGUUUUAAGUGUGAGAGGUUCAAAACUUAUAAGAGUUGCACAAUAAAAGAGAAUAACACUGUCGAUUCGAAGGGAGAGAAGUUACAUGAGGAAAUUGACCCCAAGUUGGCAGAUAAUGGUUUGACUAAUAAUACUAGUUCCUUAUUGACGUCUUCUCUUAUCAAGACCAUAUGUAAACCAUGUACUGGGGACAAGAGCAAGAAAUUCUGUGAUCAGUUGACGUGUGUAGCAGAAAAAUGGGACAAAAGGAAGAACGGAAAAUCAAACGGAACUCCAUCUUGGGAAAACAUGGAGGGUGACUUUGGAACAGAGUUAAAAGCACUGCUGGAUGGAAUGAAGAAACCUGAUAAUCAAAACGCAGUUGCAAAAAACUACUGCAACGCAGACAAAGAUGGCAAGACUUGGGAAGACGGCGCCGCAGGCGUCGCUAACAAAAUUGCAUGCCAACUUGUUGCAGCAGGUUUAAAACAUAUUUCGAGCAUUCAGUUCGACUACAACGCCAGUUCGAACCCAAACCCCUAUGAUAACCAGGAGUUUAAACAAUUCGUUUCUUGUUUAAUGUUAAAAGGCGUCGUACAAAAAAUGAAGGAACAAAGCCCCAUUUGUGACAUACAACCAGGAAUAGAUGCCGCUUUUAAGGUGGCAAACGAAAUUAAAGGGAAACAUUGCAUAAAUAAGAAACCUUGCACUGUUUGCAAAUGGACGGACGAAGAAUAUGACAAACUUAAAGAAUGCCAAAUUGGCAACAAAGACAAUGACAUAGUAAAACCUAAAUUGGAAGCAUUGCUCGACGAGAAGAAGACCGAAGUCGAUAACACCCUCAUGGACAUAACUAUAACAGCUGGAAAUGCGUCUUCUUAUUUAUGUAGACGUUUACAAUGUCUAGCAUCUCAAGUACAAGCACUCGCUACGUCUAAUGGACCAUCCAAGAGCAAUGUGAAUGACUUCUGGACGACAAGUGGCGAAGUCGGUACAUUAUGGAACCAAUUGUCAUUAGCAAUGACCACAGAAGGCAAAAGAGAUCAGAAUGGAUGUACUCAAAUGGAUGAUGGCAGUGCCGGUGGCACUGCCACUGGCACCACUAGAACUGCCACUGACCCAGAAAGGAAGGCAUGCAAUUAUUUGCAUGCCGGGUUAACAGAACUGUACAAGAAGACGUCGUCGACUGCGGCGCCGUCGUCGUCAGGCAACGACGACAAAAUCCUGGAUAAGAACCCACUGUUGAGACAAACAGUGGGUUGUUUAUUACUUCACGCUUAUGCAAAGAAGAUGAAAAGCGAAGCUAAAUGUUUAGUGGAAUCAGGAAUAAAGAAGGCUUUCGAAAGUCAUAGGAGAGGUCUAAUUAGUAAUUGCCAUCGCAAUGGCAAGGAACCUUGUGUUCUUUGCCAUUGGAAUGAAGAAGACUAUGAAGGUUGCAAAAUUAACACAACUAGCACCAACAAAGAGGAUGCAAAAACCAAAGUUGAAGGCAUUGUGACUGCGGAAUCCGUACCUCAAGCUAUGGAGGACAUAAAUAAAAUGACCACUUUAUGCGAUUAUAUUAAAUGUGCCGCACCUAAUUGGUUCAAAAGCAAACUCUCCCCGACCACGAAUGGAGGUGUUAGUAGUGGUACUACUCCCACCAAGACUUGGUGUGACUUCUGGGAGAAGGAAGGUGUUAAACCAACAUUGCAAUCAAUGUUCCAACACAUGGAGUCUGAAGGAAAGGACACAUCAAAAAACAGCAGUAAUGUUGUAUGUCAACAGUUUGGUGAUGGUAAUGAACAUAGUGUUGAAAGAAAAGCUUGCAAUCAUAUCACAGCAGGGUUACAACACAUUAAAGGCAUUACAGGGGAUCCUAAUGGUGCUAUCCAAAUAAAUAAUGCGCAGGCUCAUGAUAAGUUUUUUAAACAAUCUAUGAUGUGCGCAGCACUUAAUCUUUACGCAACUAAAAUAAGAGAUGCAUCUGAGGCAAAAUGUCCCAUUGAUGAAAACACCAUACAAAGGAUGUUUGAAAAAUGGAAUGAUGAAAAUAAAAAUUCGUGUCCGACCUCUGGUAGUGGUGGUAGUAAUAAUGUUUGUUUUGAAUGUAAGAGGGAAGCGAAUUUUAGUUCUUGCAACCUCCUCGUUGAUAAAGACCUCAUUGCAAAACCACAAUCUGGUGCAAGUGCAAAUUGCAAUGACAACGACAAAAAAGACGUCCCCAAAAAAAUGGACGAACUACUCAAACAAGAAUCCAAAAUGCAAACAACAUUAGAGAAAAUAAAUAAAAUGGACACCUUCUGUUCUGAACUCCAAUGUGCAGCAAAACAAUACCACAAAAAUAAGCAGAAUGGUGUGCAGCCCAAACCGCCCCUAUCAUGGAAUGACAUAAGCAAAGUCGUUGAAGAGGAAUUAAAGAAGCUUCUAGAAAAAAUUACGAAUGAAGGGAAUUGGAAGAAAGUUGCCACAUACUGCAAGGAAGACAUCGGUUCUUCGUGGUCAGGCGACACACCAGGAGAAAAAAAAGCAAAGCAAAAAGCUUGUAAGCUUUUUGCUUCAGGUUUAAAACACAUUUCUGAUAUUAAUAACGACAAGACCAAGGAAGAUGGACCACUUAAAAAAACUAUGAUGUGCGCAGCACUUAAUCUUUAUGCUGAUCAAUUAAUUUCAAAAUCAACAAAACAAUGUCCUUUAGAUGAUAAGAAAUUGGGAGAAGCAGUAGAUCACGCUUUUCAACAAUAUAAUGCCACUAUGCAGAAUGGAACACCUCCUUCAUGUCCAUCUGGUAGUACAAAUUCUUGUUUUAUUUGCAACAGAGGAAAAGAUUUUCACAAUUGCCGAAUUGGCAACAAUCCCAAUGACAAAGUAGGGGAUAGAAUGACCAAACUCAUCACAGACAACGACAAAAUCAACACCACCAACAACACCACCCCUAAUAUGGAACAAACACUUGACAAAAUAAACAGUAAAGACACUUUUUGUACUCAAGUCCAAUGUGCAAUCAAACAACACUACAGAACAAAAAAUGGACAGUCAGGUGUAACGACCACACCUAAGUGGAACAACAUCGAAGGUGACGCCAAAGGCGUAUUAGCGCAACUUUUAAGUUAUAUGACAGAAUCGAAUAAUCAGAGGGACGCUGCCGAAUACUGCAAUGACGACAACAAAUGGAGUAAAUUUGGCCAUAAAGGAAAACAUACAAAUAAAGCAGCUUGUUUGCUUUUUGCUGCAGGAUUAAAGAACAUUUAUGUCCGCGGUAAGGGCUCUCCUAAGGUCAAUGUUAAGGACCCAUCGUUUGAACAAACGAUGGGUUGUUUAUUUCUUAAAGAAUAUGCAAAACAAUUGCAAACAAUGGCAAAUGAGAAGAAAAAAGGACAUAGUUGGGUACAUCCUCUUUGUGAAAUAGAUAAGGGCAUAGAUCAUGCAUUCAAACAAAGUAAAGACAUUAUGAAGAGUGUAUUAGAUGAAUGCAAGAAUGGUACUAAUGGUAUUUCUUGUUUUGAAUGCGAAUGGGCCAAGGACGAUUAUGAUGAUUGCAAAAUUGGCACUGACAGUGUAAAGACCAAAGUGGAAUCAGUGUUCAAAGACGACCAAUCGAAACAAACCCAAAUGAAAGAAACAUUAGAGAAUACAGUCUGUCCCAUCCUUCUUACGGAUCUCCUUACCCCUUUUCUUCCUUUGGCUCCUGUCUCUAUUGGUCUUUCUGCUAUGGCUUAUUACCUUUGGAAGUAUUUUGGUCCUCUUGGUAAAGGAGGAGCACGUUUCAGAAGAUCUCCUGCUGAAAUACGCGGUCCAUCGGUACAGGAACAAGUCCUCGAUCAUGUGGAAGAAGCUGGUCCACAUGAAUAUCGAUUAGUGAAGGAACGAAAACCUCGUUCUGCUCCAACGAGAACGAAACGUUCUGGUCCCGUGAAUCGUCGCACGAUUAUUGAAAUUCAUUUUGAAGUGUUGGACGAAUGUCAAAAAGGAGACACACAAUUGAACCAGAAGGAUUUUCUGGAACUUUUGGUUCAAGAAUUCAUGGGAUCCGAAUUUAUGGAAGAAGAACAGGUUCCUAAGGAACUUGUUCCUAUGGAAGGUGUUCCUAUUGAAGAGGUUCCAAGUUUAGGUUCCGUGUUUAUGGUUUAG